AUGGAUUCUCUCGCUUCUUCACCGCGAAAGGGUUCCUCGGCUGAGCCUACGCUUCCCGUCAUGAAGCCCAUCACCCUCGCCGGCUCCAAGCGUCCGGCCCCGACUCUUCUUCCGCCCUUCGAGCCGCUCUCUUCGUCUCCCAACCUUCCUCGACCCGUCAAGAGACAAAACCUCGGACCCGUGUCCGGUCGUCCUUCUUCUCGCGCUCACCUCAAGUACCCGACCCCCGUGCCGACGUCGAGCACCGGUAUCCUCUCGAGUUCCCCGCCCCAGCGUUCCUCGGCUGCUACCGAGCGGGCCCCGCUCUCUGCCGUCCCCGCCGUCGAACUGUCCGAGAAUGGCGAGACGCUCAUCAUGGGCCGAUCCUCCAACUCGUCGCAUUUCCAGCUCUCGGCCAACCGCCUCGUGUCCCGAGUCCACGUCAAGGCCCGCUUCAUCGCUGCCCCGAGCCCCCUCGAGCCCAGCAAGAUUGAGAUCAUUUGCAAUGGCUGGAACGGCCUCAAGCUCCACUGCCAGAGUCGUACCUGGGAGCUGUUCAAGGGCGAUAGCUUCACAAGCGAGACUGAGGGCUCCGAGAUCAUGGUUGAUGUUCAAGAUGCUCGUGUUCUUAUCCAAUGGCCCAAACGUGCUGUUGACAACCUCUCCGACACCACCUGGGACGAUUCUCCUCCCCAGAUCCGCCCCAAUGCCAUUCUUCAGUCUUCGCCUCCUCGACGUACCGGCCGUAUCGCUUCUCCUGAGAGCCCUACUCCCGUGACCCUGUCUAGCUCUCGCCGUCUCCAAGCUCUGCUCCCCGGACACCGAGACCACGGCAUUGACAUUUAUGAAGACGAUGAGCCUGAGCUGCCUAAACCCAAGCGAGAGCAUGAGCCUGAAGUUGAGCACAUGGAUGUUAAUGUCAGCAUGAACACCGAGGUGACUGCCAGCUUCAGCAGCGUGCAAAGUGUCGAGCAGCACAGCGAUGCUGAAGACCAGGACCCAGAUGAGGAGAACGACCCUAUCGUGCACUCCUUCGGACCCUUUGGCGCCGACAUUUCUUGCCGGUUGGCUUCGAUAAGUACAAAGUCUCCCAAGAUCUUCAAGGGUGCCAAGCGAGCGUCCAACCCCCUCCACAGCGCCAUUGCCGCCGACCUCUUUGCUCCUCGCCAGAUCCCCGCGCCUCCUCGAUCUCCCCGAAAGCAGCCUCAGCCUCAGCCCGAGUCUCCUCUUUCUUCGCCUCCUCGCGUGUCUACGCCUACUCCUGAGCCCACCAAGAUGUCGUAUGAGUCCAACCCCAUUGUGGCCAACCAUGUCAUCAACCAGCUCGCCUACUCGCGUCUGUCUUCGACUCCUCUGUCGACCAUCAUGCAGCACCUCCCCACCGAGGAGAAGAAGGGUCUGGACAAGGCUGAUCUUCGAGAUGUGAUCGAGAGCACUCCCUGCAUCGGUAUCAUCAAGCGACAGGGCAAGGACGCCGCCGGAAAGCAACUCGAGAGCGAGUACUACUACGUCCCCGAGCAGGACGACGAUGAGCAGCGCCGAGCGGCUGUUGUCGAUGGCCUCCGAAAGCCCAGUCUCCGCGCUUGUCGCAAGCAGCAUAAGCAAUACUACUGGAAGCGUCCCAAGACUCCCUAAACAAUUUCCUAUUCCACGUACAUACUCGUUUCCAAUUUGGGAGAUGAGAAGCAUCACACAACAAUAUCACAACGAAUCAAGGCGGCAGAUGUGUCUUUUUGCUUUAUACCCCCUCUUCAGCAGAGUUUCUUUUUUUUUUCUUUUCUUCAUUGUUCAUAUUCUAGAUUCACGACCUCUCCCGAUAUUGAACCCCCUUCUCUCGACAUGUGCAUAGCCAAGGCGUCUUGUUUUUUCUUUUUCUUUUCUUGUUUGAGUUGUUACUCUUUGCAAGCCUUGCUGCAUUAGGGAUGGGGAGUUGAAAGGGGUGAAAAAAAGGGUCAAGCUGUUGUGUUUUUUAUAACGAAAGGGGGGCACUUGAGAAACAAUGAGGUCCCAUGGAUAUAGAGGAUUCGGGAGGUGCCUUAUAAAAAGGCAUAUGGUAACGACUGGGACAGAGGAGAGGAAAGGAAAGGAAAUGGUUGGCGUGGAAGGGUUGAUAUCCAUGUCUGGUAGGGAGGGCAUACUUGUAUGAGUUGAAGCAACACAAUGGAAUUCUGUGAUG